AGUUAAAAGAGGACAUCUCUUGAACCCAGCAGUGUUGCAAUCCAUGCACGGAGACGGCCACCAUGAUGUUCCCUGCAAAACAAACGUUCGUCUUUCUUUCUGUGUUUUUUCUCCAUGUUGCUGCAGACCUACAUGCUCCUGAAGUCCACACAAAGCUCGGGAGCCUUAGAGGUCUGAAUGUGAGUGUAAAGGGGAAGGAGACCGGGGUCCACGCCUACCUGGGUGUCCCAUUUGCCAAGCCACCCGUAGGCCCUGCUCUGAGACUUGCUGCACCCCAGCCUGUACAGGGAUGGGAAGGAAUGAGAGACGCCACCAAGCAGCCACCCAUGUGUGUUCAAGAUAAACAGCAAACUAUAGAUCUGCUAGAUCAAUUCGGAAUGUUGAUUGAUCUCCCAGAAGUUUCAGAGGACUGCCUUUACCUCAACAUUUACACUCCUGCAAAUAAAACUCUUAGUGCCAAGUUCCCAGUCAUGGUCUGGAUCCAUGGUGGAGGGUUUACCACGGGGCAAGCUUCAGUGUAUGAUGGCUCCGCCCUGGCUGCUUACCAGGACGUGGUCGUGGUUCUGAUCCAGUACCGAUUGGGACUUCUGGGCUUUCUCAGCACUGGAGAUGAGCACAUGUCGGGAAACUUUGGUUUGUUGGACCAGGUACAAGCUCUGAGGUGGAUCCAGCAGCACAUUCAUUACUUUGGAGGGGACCCAGAUUUAGUUACCAUAUUUGGGGAGUCUGCUGGUGGAGUGAGUGUAUCCCUUCUGCUUCUCUCGCCAUUGUCUGAUGGCCUGUUCCACCGAGCCAUUGCUGAGAGUGGCACAGCUGCAAUAAGUUUAAUCGUCGGAAAUGAUCAUGUCACACCUAAGCAGGUAGCAAAUCUAACUGGCUGUAGCUACGAAAGCACAGAGAAGUUCGCUGAUUGCAUAAAAAACCUCGAUCUUGACCCAAUUAUGGUUAUUGCGCAGGAUCAAACAUUGAUCAUUUCUUCAAAUGUUGAUGGACACUUCCGGACAAAACCUGUGGCUGAGCUGUUCCAUAGACAUGAACUACUCACUGUACCAUUCAUGACUGGCGUCAAUAAUGAUGAAGGGGGCUGGCUUAUGUCUAGCUUGUUUUGCCCUCCGAACUGGAUGGAGGGAUUAGAUCGGGAGCAAGUCACCAACUUGCUGUACGUAUUCUUCCCUGAUCCCAAAGAUGAGAUCCUCAGAGAUUUGAUGGCAGAUGAAUAUAUUGGAAGCGGUGAAGAUCGUGUGAAAAAUAGAGAUGGGUUCACCCAGAUGAUUGGAGAAAUGAUGUUCACCAUUCCAGCCAUUAGUACUGCCAAUGCCCACAGAGAUGCAGGCGCCCCCGUGUACCUGUAUGAGUACCAGCAUCCUCCCAAAUUCCUGCAGGCAAGAAGGCCAAGCUUUGUGGGCAGUGACCAUGGAGAUGAAAUCUUUACAGUAUUAGGAUUUUGCUUCACAACUACCCAUGUCAAAUUAAUCUAUGCAUGCUCAGAAGAGGAGGAACAGUUAAGCAGAACCAUGAUGAGCUACUGGGGAAACUUUGCUCGCACAGGGUCUCCUAAUGGCGACGGCCUUGUCCACUGGCCAAAGUAUGGAGCAGAAGGAGACUACUUGUCAAUUGAUCUAAAGGAGCAGGUAACUGGUCAGCACCUGAAGAAGGACCGGUUUGUUUUCUUGACCCAGACUUUCCCGGAGACGGUCCGACAACACAGAGAGAAGAUGGAGCGCAGCGAUCUGUAAAACAGUCACCUCUCCUUUUUCCAUUCCAUCCAUUUUUUUUUCUGAAUCCAUCUUCAAUCACAAAUAUUACAUACCAUAAUUCAUUUGUUAAACUGAUGUAAUAAUAUUAAUUGUAAUUUGGAAAGGAAAUGCUUUCAAAAUGCAUCUUCCGACCAUUUAAAAAAAAGAUUCCAUCUGUAAAAAAAGCUGCUUGUGAAGUGGCAGUAGUGAGUCAGAAAUGAAUUGGGUGAAUACUUUUUGUAGCCAAUGAUUAUAUUGAACAUCAGUUUGAAUCCAAGCUAGAUAGCCUCAGGGAAUUCUUCUUUAAUGUCUAAAAUCCCAAAAGGAAAUAUGUAGUAGAAGGACACCUCAAUCAUGAGAUACCCUCUCUGUGUUUGCGCACAUAUUUAACAUCUAGAUUUCAAUAAAAAAUAAGAAAAA